CAGAGGUUGAAAAGAUAUGUAUAUAGAACCUUCUUCAGAAGAUCUAACCCUAAUCGAACAUGAAAUUGAAAAAAAGUUACAGUCGGCUAUCUUCAAACAAAAACAACACUAUUAUUUGUCGACAUAGGUUUGAUCCAAUCGUUGUAGUAACAAAAUUUGACUCAGAAGUUCUAAUUUUAAGACCCGUAAAUUUAUGCACAACCUUCUUUCUCUUCCCUAACCUACUCUUUGGUAACCAAUAACCAUGCAGAAAAUAAUGGUGAUGGUUAAUACGUCAAAAGAUGGGGGAAGAAAAGGAAUUUAAAAAAGAAUGCGCCACCAGCAAAAAACGAAAAACCUCCAAACAAACCAGAAAAAUGGUUGAAAUACCAAAUGAAAGCUGCUUCCCAACGGCUACACCCUUUUCUCCUGCCUGAUUCAAGUUUCUUGAGCUUCAGCAGAAGCAAACAAUACAACAAUUCCACACAUUUACGUCCUAGCCAUCCACAUCUCCCGCCUGCCAUUUUACCCACCUUGCUUUCUUCCUCCUUUUCUGCAGAUUUCUUAACGUUCUCUGCAAGCACAUUUCUCUGUCCUGUAGUUCAAGAGUACAUUGUCCUGAAGCUACCACCUUUCACUUGCUCCAUACGUACUCAUCCGAGGAUUCUCCUUCCUCACCUACCCUUUUUUACAUAUGCUUCCUUCCCUUCACUUUAAUCGCAAUCAAACUGAUCUUCAGUCUGGUGACUUCUCACUUGUCAGAGAAUCAAUCAAAACACACACUUCUUGAUGAGACCUCAAAUCCUCCCCUCUCUCUAGCCAUUUGCUCAUUUCUCCUAACACUGUUUCAGGAUUUGAAUCCUUAAAGCCAAAGCUUGCUUUUGGUUUUCUGCUCUUUUCUUCUCUUUUCUUUUGCAUUUCCGGGGAAGGAGGGGGAGGAAGAAUAACUAUGCCUUUCGGGCUGGUUUCUGCUUGGAACAAGAGAAGGAGAAGCAAGUCCCAGGAUCACAGUGACCCCUGGGUAUACAGGCCUGUCGAGUACUGGAAGCUAGAAGAUCGAACAACCCAACCCACGAAGCGACACCAUGGAUCAUCGGUCUUUACUCUCAAGGAAAUGGAGGACGCUACUUGCUCGUUUAGUGAUGGAAACUUUCUUGGUAAAGGAGGGUUUGGCAGAGUGUACAGAGGAACUCUGCGAUCUGGAGAGCAGGUAGUAGCAAUCAAGAAGAUGGAGUUACCUUCGUUUAGAGAAGCUGAAGGGGAAAGAGAGUUUCGUGUCGAAGUCGAUAUCUUGAGCAGACUGGAUCAUCCAAAUUUGGUUUCGCUGAUAGGGUAUUGUGCUGAUAGGAAGCAGAGGUUUCUUGUGUAUGAGUACCUGCCAAAAGGGAAUUUGCAAGAUCACUUGAAUGGUACUUUGGCACUCAUCUUGUUGAUCAAGUUAUCUGCUAUUUUCAUUGCAGGAAUAGGGGAAGCAAAGAUGGACUGGACACAAAGACUAAGAGUGGCCAUUGGAGCAGCACGAGGACUUGCUUAUCUCCAUUCACCGUCUGCCGUUGGUAUACCCAUUGUUCACAGAGACUUUAAAUCCACCAACGUUCUUCUCGGUGCGAACUUUGAAGCCAAGAUUUCUGAUUUCGGUUUGGCUAAGUUGAUGCCAGAGGGCCAGGAGAUCUACGCAACUGCUAUGGUUCUGGGAACAUUUGGCUAUUUUGAUCCAGAGUACACAUCAACAGGAAAGCUCACUCUACAAAGUGAUGUCUACGCAUUUGGAGUGGUUCUUCUUGAGCUAUUGACAGGACGUCGAGCUGUUGACCUAAACCAAGGACCAACUGAUCAAAACCUAGUUCUGCAGGUUAGGCACAUACUGAACGAUCGGAAGAAGCUGAGAAGAGUGAUCGAUCCAGAUAUGCCACGGAGCUCGUACUCACUGGAAUCUGUAGCCAUGUUUGCUAACUUGGCAUCACGCUGCGUACGGACAGAAAGCAGUGAGAGACCUUCCAUGGCUGAAUGUGUAAAAGAACUCCAAGUGAUUAUCUAUACAAAUAACUCAAAGGGCUCAGGCAUGGGAGGGAAUUCAUUCAAAAUUCUAUCAUAAAGUUCUUCCUUAUUUAUUAAACACAAGAGGGCAACUGUGCAUUCUAAACAAUGAAGAUGUUUUCUUCCUCUCUUCCUCUUAUUAAUAGAAAACCUAAUUGUGCAUGAUACAUACAACAAACUGAGAGCAAUGGAAGAAACGGCAUAAAUUAUGAGUUUUUCCGUGCACAUUGCUCCCAUACCAUCAACAUUUCUCCUUGCCACAGUUAAAUGCCAUAUAUGCUUUGCCGUGCACAUACAAGAAAUCAAUCCAUCCUCUCUCACAUCAUCUCUUCAACUCUGGGGGCACAAGAUUUGUUGCUUUAGUAUCAUCUUGUUGAAGAUAUUCUGUCCAGCAGACUUUCAUAAGGUUAGAAGAACAUUCCGAUACAACUACCACUAGGCAUGAUUACACUGCAGUGCAGUGCGGUGCAAGAAAUUAAUGCUGCCUCGUGCAAUUGACUGCAGAAGAGCAGGUUCCUAGCACAAAUAUAACUAAGUACAUACCAGCAACGAUGAUCUGAAGAUCUGGACCAGCAGAUAGACCUGCCGGAAUCAAGUCACUGGAUGAGCAGAACAAUCUCAGACCUUCGAAGAUCCAGAGAAAACUCUUGAUAUGCAAAUGCAAUAAGACACACUCACUGCACACAGUUAACAUUACAUUUUCAGGAGAUUGAACAGAAGAAAUUAAGAAAAAGAAGUGCACAAAAUGGAACAGAUGUUAUUGUGUCUACGCAUGUACCUCAGAAACAUAUGCUGCAACUUAUGCUCCCACUUGUACAUGUUCAGGGUCAGAGCCUGGCAUGUCAAGUUCUACGUUGUUGGUUGGUAACGGAAGCUUCUUCAGCAUCAAAUGUUUACGACUUUGCAACAGCAGCAAUACCAAUAUGCCAUCUGUCUUAACAACAUUAUACCCUGCUCUCAUGUACAUGUUAAAGGGCGCUGAAUCAACCAUCCUGCAGUGCAGAUACACCUCUCUUACAAAGCUCAUCUGAGAAAUUAACUCCUCGCUUGCUUUCAAAAGAUUCCAACCGACUCCCCUCCUACGGAGUGGCUUGUUAACAGUCAUGUUGCAGAUAUAGGGAGAGUCCUUCGGCGCUGUUGGCGUGGGAGGAGAAUCAUUUGCCCCUCUCUUAUGGAAACAAAUUUCCACAGUCCCUGCUAACUCCCCUUCCUCAUCGUCCUCCCCCUCUGCCUCCGCCGCCUCUUCCUCUCCGCCCCCGCUGCCGCCGUCUUUCCAUUUAACGAACCCUAGAAGCGUAACGGCAUGGGGAAUCGCGGCCCGCCUCUCCAUCAAGUACUGCUUCACCAAAUAACUAAUCAAAGGCAAGUACCAAUCGGGCAGCAUCAUGGACUCCACAAAGGACUCGGAGAGCAACUUCACUGUUACAUCGGUCUCGUCCGGCCUCAUCACCCGAAUGCAAAGCGACCCGGUUCUCAAUUCCCGCCGAUACCGAAAGUCCUGAAGGCUCUGGAGCUUGAGAAGCUCCUCGUUGCUGAGGAAAUUGUAAUUCCCUGUCUUCAACCAGUCCUCUAGCCUCGAAUAGGCAGCGGAGGCGCUGCUGCUAGUAGAUUCACCGGCCAAGCAAAGAGGAGACUCCGACGAGGAGGCAGAGGAGCAGGAUGAUUGAGGGCUGAGGCGAAAUCGGGACCUGUGAGAUAAGAGGAAAUGGUGAUUGUGAUUGAGAGGGGAAAGGAAGAGUAGUGAUCUGUGGCGGGAAGAGGGAAGUGAUGGAUCUGAUGGGGAGGGAGUGAGAGCGAGUGAGAGUGUGGAAGCCGCCAUUGGGAACGCGCAGAAGAAGGGAAUUGUGACCUGUGGGAUGUGGCUAAAUCAUAACAGGAAACGGAGGACGAACGUAGCAAAACGAAUGAAGGCAAAGUG